AUGGCUGGGGUGGACCCCUGCAUUCGGGGUUCCACACUGAAGACGGACUCAAGUUGCAAAUUGCGGGAUGUGGGGAGGCGGGAUUCGAACUCGCCACCUGACGGGCCUGCCCGCAGGAUUUCCCGGGGUCCCCGCUUCCGGCCGGCGGGGGCAUGCGAGGGCAGCCGAGGACGUGCCAAGGAGCGUGCGUGCCUGCGUGAUCACUGGAACCUCGGGCCAGCACGGUGCGGCCUCGGAGCUAGGAGUGCUGUCCCCCUGACCCUGGGGGCAGGACGGUGCGGCCCCGCGAGCUGGGAGUGCUGUCCCCCUGACCCUGGGGGCAGGACGGACAAACAUCAUGAUGCUGCUCAUGAGAUCAUCGAGACUAUCCGAUGGGUCUGUGAAGAGAUUCCAGAUCUCAAGCUUGCCAUGGAGAACUACGUUUUAAUUGACUACGACACCAAAAGCUUUGAAAGCAUGCAGAGGCUGUGUGACAAGUACAACCGUGCUAUCGACAGCAUCCACCAGCUGUGGAAGGGCACCACCCAGCCCAUGAAGCUGAACACACGACCGUCCAAUGGGCUCCUGCGACACAUCCUGCAGCAAGUCUACAACCACUCAGUGACCGACCCUGAGAAGCUCAACAACUAUGAGCCCUUCUCCCCUGAGGUGUAUGGGGAGACCUCCUUUGACCUGGUGGCCCAGAUGAUUGAUGAGAUCAAGAUGACUGAGGACGAUCUCUUUGUGGACUUGGGCAGUGGUGUGGGGCAGGUUGUCCUUCAGGUUGCUGCAGCCACCAACUGCAAGCAUCACUAUGGAGUGGAGAAAGCAGACAUCCCAGCUAAGUACGCAGAGACCAUGGACCGAGAGUUCAGGAAGUGGAUGAAAUGGUAUGGAAAAAAGCAUGCAGAAUACACACUGGAACGAGGCGAUUUCCUCUCAGAAGAGUGGAGAGAGCGGAUCGCCAACACAAGUGUUAUAUUUGUGAAUAACUUUGCCUUUGGUCCUGAGGUGGAUCACCAGCUGAAGGAGCGGUUUGCAAACAUGAAGGAAGGUGGCAGAAUCGUGUCCUCGAAACCCUUUGCACCUCUGAACUUCAGAAUCAACAGUAGAAACUUGAGUGACAUUGGCACCAUCAUGCGCGUGGUUGAGCUGUCACCCUUGAAGGGCUCCGUGUCGUGGACGGGGAAGCCAGUCUCCUACUACCUGCACACCAUCGACCGCACCAUACUUGAAAACUAUUUUUCUAGUCUGAAAAAUCCAAAACUCAGGGAGGAGCAAGAGGCAGCUCGGCGUCGGCAGCAGCGAGAGAGCAAGAGCAACGCGACCACCCCCACCAAGGUCCCCGAGAGCAAGGCGGCCGCACCCGCCAAGGUCCCCGAGAGCAAGGCGGCUGGGCCCGCUGAGGCCCCCAGGGAUUCUGGUGCUGAGGAGGAAAAAGCGGGGGUAACCACUGUCAAAAAGCCAUCUCCCUCCAAAGCCCGGAAGAAGAAAUUGAACAAGAAAGGGCGGAAGAUGGCUGGCCGAAAGCGUGGGCGUCCCAAGAAAAUGAACACUGCAAAUCCCGAGCGCAAGCCCAAGAAGAACCAAUCUGCACUGGAUCUCCUGCACAGCCAGACCGUGUCCCGGACAGGGACAGCAUCCUCCUCGCCCCAGGAUGCCUGCCGGUCACCUCAUAGCCCGUUCUACCAGCUACCUCCCAGUGUGCAGCGGCACUCCCCCAACCCACUGCUGGUGGCGCCCACCCCACCUGCGCUACAGAAGCUGCUAGAGUCGUUCAAGAUUCAGUACCUGCAGUUCCUGGCUUACACGAAGACCCCCCAGUACAAGGCCAACCUGCAGCAGCUGCUGGACCAGGAGAAGGAGAGGAACGCCCAGUUGCUGGGCACUGCACAGCAGCUCUUUGGCCACUGCCAGGCCCAGAAGGAGGAGAUCAGGAGACUCUUCCAGCAAAAACUGGAUGAGCUGGGUGUGAAGGCCCUGACCUACAAUGACCUGAUCCAAGCCCAGAAGGAGAUCUCUGCUCACAACCAGCAGCUGCGGGAGCAGUCCGAGCAGCUGGAGAGGGACAACAGCGAGCUGCGCAGCCAGAGCCUGCAGCUGCUCCGGGCCCGGUGUGAGGAGCUGAAGUUGGAUUGGUCCUCCCUGUCCCUGGAGAACCUGCGCAAGGAGAAGCAGGCCCUGAGGAGCCAGAUCUCAGAGAAGCAGCGGCACUGCCUGGAGCUGCAGAUCAGCAUUGUGGAGCUGGAGAAGAGCCAGCGGCAGCAGGAGCUUCUGCAGCUCAAGUCCUGCGUGCCGCCUGACGAUGCGCUGUCCAUGCACCUGCGCGGGAAGGGCACCCUGGGCCGGGAGCUGGAGGCGGAGGCCAGCAGGCUGCACUUGGAGCUGGACUGUGCCAGGCUUGCCCUGCCUCACGUGAGCAGCAUGAGCCCAGAGCUCUCCAUGAAUGGCCACGCCACCAGCUAUGAGCUCUGUGGUGCUCUGAGUCGGCCUUCUUCCAAGCAGAACACCCCCCAGUACCUCGCCUCCCCCUUGGACCAGGAGGUUGUGCCCUGCACCCCCAGCCACAGCGGCCGCCCCCGGCUGGAGAAGCUGUCGGGCCUGGCCUUGCCCGACUACACCAGGCUCUCCCCAGCCAAGAUCGUGCUCAGGAGGCACCUGAGCCAGGACCACGCUGGGCCUGCCAAGAUGGUUGCCAGUGAGGUGCACUCGCGAGCUGAGCACGCCAAGGAAAGCAGCCUUCCCUGCCAGAGCCCUGGCCUCUCGAGCAGCAUGAAGCUGAGCCCUCAAGACCCCCGGCCCACUUCUCCAGGGGCCUUGCCCAUCGCAGGAGAAAAGAGCAGUGAGAAGAGUGGGAAGGAGCGAGCCUAUGGCAGCCAUGGGGAGACCAUCACCAGCCUGCCCAUCAGCAUCCCGCUCAGCACUGUGCAGCCAAACAAGCUCCCGGUCAGCAUUCCCCUGGCCAGUGUGGUGCUGCCCAGCCGUGCAGAGAGGGUGAGGAGCACCCCCAGCCCUGUGCCGCAGCCCCGAGACUCUUCGUCCACCCUGGAGAAGCAGAAUGGUGCUAACUCCCAUGGCGCUGGGAGUAGUGCAGGAGGCAGGGGCCUCUCUCUGGCACCCACAGGAUUCUACGCUGGCUCCAUGGCCAUCAGCGGGGCCCUGGUGGGCAGCCCUGCUCCACUCGCCUCGGGAGCUGAGCCUGUGGCCCUGGAUGAGCCCUCCAGCUCCGGGAGCCUCUUCACCACUGUGGGGUCCCGCAGCACCACGCCGCAGCACCCUCUGCUGAUGCCGCCCCGACACCCGGGCCCCGCCUCUCCUGCCCACCCGCUCUCUGCCAGCCCUCGGCUUGCUGGUGCCACCCAGUGCCCACCUCCUGACGUCGGCAAGGGAGACUUGCCCUCUGACUCGGGCUUCUCAGACCCGGAGAGUGAAGCCAAGAGGAGGAUCGUGUUUACCAUCUCAGCUGGUGGGGGCAGCACCAAGCAGUCGCCUUCCACCAAGCACAGCCCCCUGGCCCCAGGAGCCCGCGGAGACUGUGGACAGAGCCAUGGGCAGGACAGCCGCAAGCGUGGCCGGAGGAAGCGCACGUCAGCUGGGACCCCAAGCCUGAGCACAGGCGUGUCCCCCAAGCGCCGGGCCCUGCCGUCUGUUGCCGGCCUCUUCACACAGUCCUCAGGGUCCCCCCUCAACCUCAGCUCCAUGGUCAGUAACAUCAAUCAGCCCUUAGAGAUCACGGCCAUCUCAUCCCCUGAGAACUCGCUGAAGAGCUCCCCCAUCCCCUACCAGGACCACGACCAGCCGCCCGUGCUCAAGAAGGAGCGGCCCCUGAGCCAGUCCAACGGGGCCCACUACUCCCCACUGACCUCUGAUGAGGAGCCAGGUUCUGAGGACGAGCCCAGCAGCACCCGAAUUGAGAGAAAAAUUGCAACAAUCUCCUUAGAAAGUAAAUCUCCCCCCAAAACCUUGGAAAACGGUGGUGGCUUGGGACGGAAGCCAGCCCCUGCGAGCGAGCCCGUCAACAGCAGCAAGUGGAAAUCCACCUUCUCACCCAUCUCCGACAUUGGCCUGGCCAAGUCUGCAGACAGCCCCCUGCAGGCGAGCUCCGCGCUGGGCCAGAGCUCCUUGUUCGCCUUUCGGCCAGCCCCAGAGGAGCCUGUCACGGCCGAGGCCAAGCUGGCUACCCACCCAAGGAAAGGCUUUUCUGGCUCGCUGUCAGGGGCAGAUGGGCUCAGCCCAGGCGCCAACCCUCCCAACGGCCUGGCCUUCAGCGGGGGCCUUGCCGCGGACCUCAGUUUACAUGGCUUCAACGACGGUGCUUCCCUUUCCCACAAGGGCCCUGAAGUGGCCGGUCUGAGUGCCCCACUGAGCUUCCCCUCCCAGCGGGGCAAGGAGGGCCCCUCCGAGGCCAACCCCUUCCUGAACAAGAGGCAGCUGGAGGGCCUUGGGGGCCUGAAGGGUGAGGGUGGCCCUGGCAAAGAGCCCACUGAGCCUGGCCUGCCCCCUUGCGGGCCCACGGACAAGGCUGCCCUGCCACACGGCAGCAGGCCCAGCAAAGGCCGGGACCGCGAGCUGGACUUCAAGAACGGCCACAAUCUCUUCAUCUCUGCUGCGACGGUGCCUCCUGGGGGCCUCCUGGGAGGCCCUGGCCUCGCCACCGCAGUGUCCUCUGCCGGCAGUGCAGCUCCCGCCACCCAGGCACACCGCCCCUUCUUGGGCACCUUCGCCCCUGGGCCCCAGUUCACCCUGGGCCCCAUGUCCCUACAGGCCAACCUCGGUUCUGUGGCUGGCUCAUCCGUGCUACAAUCCUUAUUCAGCUCUGUGCCGGCCGCCGCGGGCCUGGUACAUGUGUCGUCCGCCGCAACUAGACUGACCAACUCCCACACCAUGGGCAGCUUCUCUUCUGGGGUGGCUGGCGGAACCGUUGGAGGUGUCUUUAACCACACGGUGCCUUCUGCCUCUGCUCAUCCGUUUGGAGCCAGUGUCGGCAGCGGGGCUGUGUGUAGCAGCGCCACGCUGGGCCUGAGCCCGCUGCAGGCGGCGGCCAGCACCUCGGCCUCUUCCUUUCAGGCCCCGGCCUCGGUCGAGACUCGGCCGCCCCCUCCGCCUCCGCCUGCCCCGCUUCCUCCUCAGCACCUGGGCCGGCCCCCUGCGGGGCCGCCUGUCCUCCAUGCCCCCCCUCCUAACGUCGCCUUGCCUCCUCCUGCCGCGCUGCUGGCCUCUAACCCUGAGCCCAUGCUUCUGCAGAACCUAGCGUCUAUCCCGGCUAACAAAGCUUUCUUACCCUCCUCCUCGGCCACCUCUCUGCAGCCUGCUAACGCCUCUCUGUCUGUCAAGCUCGCCUCCCUCCCGCACAAGGUCUCCCGCCCCUCCUUCACGGUGCACCACCAGCCCCUGCCCCGGCUGGCCCUGGCGCAGGCCACGCCCGCCAUCCCGCAGGCCAGCUCCACUGGGCCGUCCGCUGUGUGGGUUUCCCUUGGCAUGCCGCCUCCGUAUGCCGCACACCUUUCGGGGGUUAAGCCUCGAUAAAGACUUGCUUAGCUAGCAGUUCCUAUUCUGUAAGGUAACUAGGACUUCUACCUCAACCGCGCGACUAUGCAAGGAUGGUGUGGACCAACGCGCCUGCUGCUCAGUGCUCGCUGGCCUACUGGGCCUCCACCUGGACGGCGGGGACAGGACAGGGACAAGGAGCUCCACUGUGAAUCGGCGGCACGCGCAGGAGGUGCUGCCACAGUCCAGUUUGUACUGUCGAUAGUUUUAGAUAAAGUAUUUAUCGUUUUUUAAAAAGUAUAAACAAUUCUGACUUAUUUUAUUCCAUCUAAGUCGUCAAAGGCAACCUAUUGAGAAGUAUAAAUGUCUAUGUAAGAGAGUCUAUAUCUAGAUACACGGACCUGCAGGGCUGCCCGCCCCCGGAGACGCCGCCAGCCCGCCCGGUGCUAUCGCGACACCAGGCCCGUGCCUGCCUCCACCUCUCGGUGCUGCCCUGGACACUGACCAACGCCAAAACCAGUCCUCAGAAACGUCCUCCCCAGCGCCUGUCCCUUGAUCCUGUACCAAAGGCUUGCCCGAUCGUGAGCAGGGGGCUGUGGUCAGGGCCCUCAGAGGAGGCCCUCUUCCUGGUGGCCAGCACUGACCUGCAGCCCUGCCUUCCUCUGGAGCCCCUUGAGCCUCUGCCCCCACCAUCUCCUGCCCCCUCACUGUGAACACCCUAACUGUCAACCUUUCGGCUUAGGGUCCAGCCUUUGGCAUCCUGGGCAGUGGGCAGAGCUCUGCGGCAGGUGCGGUUCUGACUGGUGCUCCCGAAGGCUCUGCGUCAGUGUCGUGCCCAGUGCAGUCACUUCCGUGUUUGUUUUUCUUUGGUUUGUGGCACCCUGCUUGGUGACCUGGGGCAGGCCCACAGUGGGUCCCCUUGUAUUUGUGUAUCUGAGAGAGUCACACUGAAGAGUGACAGUAUUUUAUAGAGAUGUGAUGAGAAUUUAUAAAUUUCAUAGACUUGACUGCAUUUAUUUUUAGAUUGUAUAAUGCACAGUGAACUUUAACAGAAGAGAAAGCAAGGGAGAAAGAAACCUUUAUAUUUAUUCAAAUGCACAAAACUGGCAUGGGCUCCAGGGCCGGCCCUCACUGCAGACCUCACAGAGUGCGCCUCAGAGGGGCCUGGCCCACCCCGCCCUCAGGAAGGCUCGCGCCUGACACAGGGCGCCUGUGCUGUCGGGGUGCUCUGGGCUGCAGGUCUGGAGGGGAUGCCGGCUCCUCCGGCAGCCUCGUUGGUGCUGAGAACGGACGCGUGGUGUAGCCACAGACGGGCCAGGGCUGCUGGGCCUCCAGGGUGUCCUUGCCUCUCUGAAGCCUCAGCAGACCCCUGGUGGCUCUUGAAGCCUGUCCCAGACCUGGUGCCCCUCCCCCUGCAGUGAGUUCUGCAGACGGUGCUGGUGACCCACCCCUCCUGUUGGUGCUCUCGGCCAGGCCUGCAGGUGCUGUGCCUCAUUCCCAGGGGCUCCAGCCCAGCCCUUAGCACGGCAGUGCCCUGCUUGGUGUGGGGGACUGAGGGUCACUUCUCACCACACAGCUUCCCCAGGUGCCACAGGGUGGUAGAAGUGAAGUCCACACACAGCAAGUCCCUGGUCUGAUACAAACCCAUUCUUUAAACACUGUAUGCUUCCGCCCACCUCCCCAGGUAGUGGAGGCUUGUAUGUGGGGCAGGCCAUGCCAACGUGGCCUCCCGCCCACACACCUUCCUAUAACUAAUCUGCACCUAUGCUUGAGUGUCAGGAGAUACCACCACAUGUUGGGCAUGUGCCUGACACUGAGCCCUACUGGGUCUCAGGUGUCCCAGCAAGUUCCCCUUGAGCCCACCAGGGGAUGGGCCUGUAACCCAAGCCCCAGCUGACCAUGGGGCCAGCAGCCUCCUGUUCUCAGCAUCCAGGCCCCUGCUACCCUCAGAUACCACCCAGACUGGCCCACUGCCCACGUGCUGGCACCCAGGGAUGCUGGUGUGGGGCAGCGCUGACAGAGCUGUGCCGGAGUCUGAGGCUGACACCCGUCUCCAUUACCUUGGGGGGGGGGUGUGCUGCUGGGUGCCAAGGGUGACUGCAGGGAAGCCCUGGAGCGCCAACUGGCUCACGCUCAGGAAUUGUCAGGAAGCCCUAAGGACUGGGCCCUGCAGGCUGCCUGCUGGUCAGCAUCUACACUAACCUAGUAACCUGGGACUUGUCGCCCUGUUGGACCCCCCUCCUCGUCCUGGUGUAAUGUCCAUCCACAUAGCCUUCCCUUGCCCAGCUUGUUUGUAACGCAGCACAGCCUCGUUUCAACUCUGUAGUGUACUCUGUACUCGCUGGGCGCAUGGCCAGCUCCAACCCUGGCGCCCGCUGCAUUGUUCCACCUCUGGGCGCUGUAAUAAAACAGUUUUCACCUGGA